AUGGAAUGCAUUCUAUGCUAUUUCUCGCUCAGGAAUCUCACCAACUUCCCUCUCUCCCUCACAUGCAUCUCUCCAAUCCCUUCCUCUAUAAGUUUUCUCUCCAACCCUAAUUUUACAGUGAAGAGGAAAGAAAAGAAGAGAAGAGAAAAGAAAAUGUUAGGAUCAAAAAAGAAGGCCAAGUUCAAAGAUUCUGAUUUUAUCAGUAAUCUCCCUGACGAUAUCCUAUUGACCAUCCUCUCUCUUCUUCCAGUUGACGAGGCAGUGAGAAGCAGUAUCCUUUCAAAGAGGUGGGUAUCACUGUGGAAAAACACACCACAUCUUGAUUUCAACGUGAAGCACAUGAUCAAGCCCUUAACCCAGCUUCGAAUUUCAUCACCUGCUGCUCAAUUACAUUACGUCCUUAAUCUUCCCAAAUAUGAAGGAAUCCGCAGGUACAACAUAAUUGUCUUCUUGCUCUUGCAUAAGCACCUAGGUGGUCUCAAAAGCUGCAAGUUCACGCAUUUUCCACAGAAGGACAUCCAGAUUAACUUGGCUGUUUUAUUUGAAAGACAGACAACGAUCGAUGAACUAAGCCUUGAAUGUAAACCCUUGAAAGGAGAAAAGAUUCAACGCUUUCUAGGGUUAGGUUCUUAUGGGAUCUUUUCCUCUUUGUCUUCACUUGAGGUUGAGAACUACUACCUAGAAUCUUCAAUACCUUUUGGGGGUUGUUUAAAUCUCAGAACCUUGAAACUGAAGAUGGUCUUUGUGGGAGAUGAGACACUAGAUGCAAUUCUUAGAAGGUGUUACAACUUGGAAAGUCUUAGCCUUGUGGGGUGUUCUAAGCUCAAGAACAUGAAGAUUGUCCAUGUGAAACUCAAGUUCUUGGAGCUUAGGGCUUUGUGUGUAUAUCAGAUUAUUGUUUCUGCUUCAAGUCUCGACGUUUUAGAUCUUUCUUCUUUGGCUUGUCCAAAAUCAUCAAGCUUGGUGAUUAUUGCUCCUAGGCUUCGGGUGUUUCAAUCUCACAACAAACCAAUAUCCCACGAGGGACUUGUUAUUCGCAGAGGAAAUUUUGCUCGGAAAACUCAUGAGUUUCUGGAGACUUUAGCUAUUAUUCCUCCUGGAACACCAACGAGCUACGUUUUUGGGGCUUCCCUAUUAUCCUUGAUGGUUGACUUGGAUUUGAAAAUUAAAAGAGCCAACAAGACACUUUCAUUCAUAUUGAGAUGCUGUGUUAAUUUGGAAACUCUGAAAAUUAUUACUCCGGUUUACAGAAGUUCAAAGCUCGACUUUAAUGGUGAUCUGCACUAUCCGAUGCUUUGGGAGAGAAGUGAUGUUUGCCAUUGUGUUCAUCAAACCCUCAAGUUUGUGUCCAUCAUGGGAUUUGCAGGAAACCAACUUGAGGCAGAUUUUGUGAAGCACCUCAUAACCAGAGCUUCUAAUAUGGAGAAAAUCACUAUCGUUUGUAAGAGCUCAAAGAAAGACGUAAGCUUUCUGGUGCCUCUGGAAGAUCAGAGAGCUUCGGCUAAUCUCUCCAUCAUGGUCAAGGUUGCAAGAAACAAAAGUGCCCUCAUUGAGCUCAAUGAACUUUACAAGAACAAGUCUAGAAAUUGCUUCUUCAUCAAGAAUUGA